AUGGCAGGAAUCGCCCGAAAAAACGUCGAAAUCUUAAUUCAUACCACAGCUCCAAGCCGAGGACAGGAUGAUGCGCUAUACAGGAGGAUGGCGGAAGCAUACUUAAACUUUCAGCCUGCGACACAUCAAAUAAUCCCAAUCAGAGAUGACAGUCCGAAAUAUGCGGCAGAGAAGCUGGAUAAGGACGCAGGCAGCCAACUGCAGGAAGAACUGAUACAGGCGACACAAGCAUCAAGCGCAUCAUAUCGCCCUGGUGAGGACAGCAGCGAAGAGGAGGAUGCAUACGAGUAUAUGGUCGAGCACCGGUUGAGCUUGUCUCAGGAGCAGCUACACUCUCCAUCGAUGUCUUUCAGAAGUGCAGUGGAUAAUGCGGACUCUCCAGUCUUUCACGCAGGAAUUACACACUAUGACGAUGACCUAUCGUUACAUCGGAGUCAAGAAAUAGUAGUGGCAGACUCGUUUGUGGCGCCACCAAACGAAAUUCCAGACUCGCAACCAGAAGUCCAUAAUACUAUGGUUGUGUUCUCCUCCCCCUUUCGAAUGCUGGAAUACAAGCUCCAAAAUCAAGAAAGUCAGGGAACAAUGUCAACUCCAGACAAAAGCCUGGGUCGGUCCGAUAAAACGAGCCGUCUCGAACUCCCGUCUGGCUUGGGAGAAGCACUGUCGUCUUCACCAGAUCAAGGCUUCACACCAUCGUCACCUUCACCUGUGAAUCAUUCAGGACGUCCACUGGAGAGAAUACUCAAGUCUAGAAGUCUAAAUCCACCAUCAUCUCAAGAUCCUGCCCUCAACUUGAAAAGAAAGUGGACUAGUUCAAGCUCGGAAAAAUCUCAUUCUUCAUCAGCUCCUCUAAGACUGGCAGUGCCAACUGCUCAAGAAUCAAUAUCGUCUCAACCCCUCCCCGCGAGACUUGAGAAGAGGGCUCGCCUUGAGCCACAGAAUACUCGACCUUUUGCGAGCAGUCAACCCCUUCUGGCAUCUAGCAAACCAUCCGCUACUCCAGACCCAAGCAGUUUCUUAGCUCCAGGAAUCUGGUGGGAGCAGCUCGAGAUUUGGCCCAAGCCGCCAGCAACGUCAACUGUAGAGCUCAAAGCCGAAAUGCUGAUCACCCCUCACCUUGCGUUAAUUGCCAACAAAAUGCCGCCAAGUCUCUAUGCCCCCGUGUUAGAGAAGCGUUCUUUACGGGGGAUGGAGCGAGGCUACUGGGUUAUGGAAUGCGAGGGUUGGUACGAGGAGUUGCUGCAAAGGUGUUGGGAUACACUUGGCAGGUGCAUUGCACGAGAUCUUGCGGGAUGGGGUGUUUGGUGCGUCCGGGAUGAAGACUUCAAGAGCAUUCGGGUUUACUGCUGGGGUGUGGUGGUUAAGCACAUCUAUCUGUUGCUAUAUAUGGCAAGUGAUAACAGGAUCAGGAAAACAGGAGCUCGUUGGAUAGGUGGAGAUGGCGAGACGAUAAUUCAAAUGACAUGA